AUGCAGUGGCUAAUUACUGGUUGUUCCACGGGCCUAGGCCUCUCCCUCGCACGCGCCGUACUUUCUCGACCUGGUGAAAAGCUGAUUGCCACAUCUCGCAACCCACAAAAGACUCCUGAUCUCGUCCAUGAAAUCACCAGUAACCCGAACGCGGUAUGGGAGGCACUCGACGUUUCCGCCACCGAUCUGGAGGCCCGACUCGAUGCCAUCAUCGCAAAGCAUGGUCCAAUAAACGUGCUCAUCAACAACGCUGGCUAUGCAGCCGGUGGCAUCUUCGAAGCCAGCCCUAUAUCCCUGGUCCGCGAGCUAUACGAAACGAACUUCUUUGGUGCAAUGCGCGUGAUGCACAAGCUCGUUCCGCACAUGCGCGAGAACGGGCAAGUAGGGGUCAUUGUCAACGUCACGUCAAACGAGUGCUGGGAAGCACACGCGGGAUCAUCGGCCUACACAUCGAGCAAGUUUGCUCUGCAAGGUCUCUCCCAAGCCCUUGCGGCCGAACUUGCCCCCUUCAAUAUCCGUGUCUUCACAGCCCAGCCCGGAGGCAUGCGGACUGCGUUCAUGGAGCCGGCGAAGGUGGAGAGUUUGGCGACCGAAAUUCCAGAUGCAUACAAGGGGACGAUUGCCGAUUUCACGCUCCAGGCAAUCAAAGGCUUGCACAGCAGUGCACGGCAGGAUCCGGAUAAGACUGCGAUUGCAAUUGUCCACGAGGUCCUCCAGCCUAGCGAAGGCCCCCAGGGGAAGGUCCUCAGGCUUCAGCUAGGGAGUGAGGCAGUCGCUUCUAUGGAGAAGCAAUUGGAACUCAUACAGGCGGAAAGUGACUUGACCAAGAGAUGGGCUAUAGACUGUGAUAUUUAG